UACGACGCCUUGUCACAUUGCUGGGGCCCCCAAGACUUUCUCUGUCCGCUUUUGCUGAGAGAUGGUAUAUUUCCCAUCACUAGGAGUGUUCACGACGCUUUACAAAGAAUUCGAUACAGGAAUCGCGACCGGUAUCUGUGGGUGGACGCAGUCUGCAUCAACCAGGAAGAUGACGCCGAGAAGUCGCAGCAAGUCUCGAAAAUGCUUACCAUCUUCAAGAAGGCUUUACAUGUAGUAAUCUGGCUCGGCGAA